GUUGAUAACUUCAAAUUUUCGCCCGAAUGCUUUUCCGACCUACGUCUUGCAUGCAUGCGAACUAGCAACGAUCCAUUAUUCUCGCAGUGGAAAUUGCAAAAUAGUAUCAAUGCCAAGGACGAGCCUUUAAGACUGUUUCUGGGCUGUCAACCAGAUAAGGUUACGGUGAAAGAUGGGGGAGACAACUACCAGUUCGUUGCUUCCUUCGUUAUUGAGAAGUUCCAGAAACGCCUGUGCACUACACGAGAAUUAAAUUAUGAGUUUGUUGCACGUGGACGUAUUUGGCGAUUCUCCUUUAAUGUGGGGCCUAAGGAGAAAUGGGUCGCUAGCUGUGGUCUUUCUUCGCCCAGUCUUCCAGCUUGUGCACGUUCUUCACUCCGGCUAGAAACUCAUACAAAGGAAGGGAAACCUGGCCGUGAAACACCCAAAAAGGUACACGAGGAUAAGGGAAUCAUGGAAAUACAAGCGGCGAAGGGAAAGACGGGCAAUGCAGAUGGAAAAGCCAAGCGGGCCACCUAUUGGGACUCGGAGUUGAGCGAUCAGUGGGUAACAUACGAGUAAGUCUUUUGCUUCCUCAACUUGACCCUUAUCUUGGAAUGGUGAUUGCUGCAAGCAACAUAUCUUGCCACUCUUCUCCUCUGACGAUUUCAACUGACUGUGUUGUAGCAAUCCCAACGAUCUAGCCUGCGAUGACACCCUAUAUGCAACGCUGGAGAUCACAUUCGAAAAUCCUCCGCUCGUUGUGACAGGUUCGCCUUAGCGCACUUGAAUUCCAAUACGUACAUAUGCACGUUCAUAACACACUCAGAGACCGAACAUUUCAUACAGGUUGUUUUUUGUUGUACCGCGAGCUUCAUUCGGUGUUUUGCGCUGCUCCAUGUCUUGUCUUACUAGUGGUCGUCCUAUGUACUUGAUUGUGACCGGAACAUUGUGUCCC